AUGAACGUCAUGGAAAGCUCCCCAUACGAGCCUUUUGUAAGAGGGUUUGACUAUGUCCGACUGGCAUCCAUCACGGCAGGCUCCGAGAACGAGGUCACGCAGGUGAACCGCUGCCUGGACGCCGCCAAGGCCUGUAACGUAGACGCCCUGUGCCAGCGACUCCGGACCGAGUACGUUUCCUCCUGCAUCCGUCGGGGGCCCCGGGCCGACCCCUGCAACCGCUCCAAGUGCCACAAGGCGCUGCGGAAGUUCUUCGACCGGGUGCCGCCCGAGUACACGCACGAGCUGCUCUUCUGCCCCUGCGUCGACACGGCCUGCGCUGAGAGACGCCGGCAGACGAUCGUGCCCACCUGCUCCUACGAAGGCAAGGAGAAGCCAAACUGCUUGACGCCGCUGGACGCCUGCCGGGGAAACUAUGUUUGCAG